AUGAGCCUUCCCAUUGGUGCAGUUCGCGUAAUAAUUAUUGUCUUGGUCUUCAUCGUCUUGGAUUUCAUUGCAAUAGGGCUUCGAAUAUGGUCCCGAUACAUACAAAGAACGCCGCUGGCGCUGAAUGACUGGACCGUUGUUUUGGGUGGUAUAGGGUACCAUCUCAUUGACAUUCUGACGGAGCACCCCGAGAAGUUUGUUAUAUAUCUUAAGGUCAGCAUAUCUGGGCAAAUACUCUGGGCGGCCGCGAAUACCUGCGUGAAGAUCUCUAUUCUGUCUCUAUACACGGAAUUAUUCCCUGGUCGCAAAUUUCACAUUAUCUGCUACGGCGUCAUGCUUGUCACUGUUAUGUACCUGAUCUCGGUCAUAUGCGAAGCAUUCUUGUUCUGCACGCCUGUACAGUACAACUGGGACAAGUCACUGGCGGGAACCUGCGACGUGCCUGGGCAGAGCGAAGCGUAUAAGGCUGCUGGCAGCAUCAACCUCGUUAUAGACGCAAUUGUCGUUGGAUUACCUAUGCCGAAGUUAUUUGGCCUCCAUAUGUUGCUCUCCAGGAAGUUGAGCUUGGCUUCCAUGUUCAGCCUCGGCGCUAUAAUUUGUGUUAUCUCUCUUCUCCGCGUCAUCACGGUCGUAGAUUGGGACAUGAAUGAUAUCACCUACUCCGCCUCGGAUGUCUCGGUAUAUUCAGUCCUCGAGCCCACCCUGGGCGUAAUCAACAUUUGUCUGCCGACAAUUAGGCCCGCAAUGCUCGCUCUCGCUGGAAAAGACCCUCGCAAGGGACAUACUGUUCCGGGGGACUCACGUGGAAAGGAUGCUAGCUGGAAUUCCCCGGGCAAGGACUACGGACCGAUCUCGAAACGGACUGGGCUGCAGGGCACCCGUGACGAUCUGCCAUUGACAAAUUUCGACAGGCUGGACGACGAAUUCCCGCUGACUACCCGUGUUGAAGGGGGCCCCAGCGACACAGACACCACCGGACAACACCCUAGGCAGAUCACCAUUCAACGACGCUGGGAGGUCAAAGGACACCAUUCCGGCCCAACCUGGGACACAAGGCAGUAG